CGAGGAUCUGUCUGAUGGUUCCCGGGGCGUCCUGACACUGCCCGGCCAGAAGAGGGAUGGGGAAAAGAUACUUCUGUGACUACUGUGACAGGUCCUUUCAGGACAACCUUCACAACAGGAAGAAACACCUCAAUGGAGUGCAGCACCUCAGGGCUAAGAGACUCUGGUACGACUUAUUCCGAGAUGCUGCUGCUAUCCUGCAAGAGGAACAGACCAAGAAACCUUGUCGCAAGUUUCUGCAAACAGGACAGUGUGAUUUUGGAUCCAACUGCAGAUUUUCCCACAUGACAGAGCAGGACCUGGAGAAGCUGAGUGCCCAGGUGCAAGGAGAGCAGAGAUUGAAGGAGCUGCGGCAGGAGGGAGCAGACGUCCCACCUGGCACCAUUGAGGACUGGCUGGAGAAGAGAGCCAAGAGACUGAGCAUGGCUCAGAGCAACAGUGCUCUGCCUGAGAAACCAGUGCCUUUCCAGUAUCCACCAGGCUGGCCACCAGUGCAGGACCUGCCCCUGUCCCUGCAGGCCCCUCCACCUGGGGGGUGGCCCAUCCCCCCCAACCUGCAGUGGGGCUGA